AUGUGGUGGCCUGCCAGGGUGAGCAUUGCCUUACCUGCUGGAAGUUAUCAAUUCAUACAAGGAAAUGGUCAGGUCGUACAAAAGGAUCCGCUUCGUGUGACCCUCUUUGGUGACCUGGCAUCGUCUCGAGAACCUUCGACAAUUUCGUCUCCCUCCGAAUACAAUAUCCAGCCUAUUCAUAAUGUAUCUGGCGAAAAGCUUUUCACCCGAGCAACCUUCCAGGUCUCGUCUCUCACUAAAGCUGAACCCUCAAACCCCUCCCCUCGUAAGAAAGCCAAGACGGACAUUUGCGAGAGAUGGGAAGCAGCAGUGAAAGCUAUGGAGGAUGCAGAUGGGCUCAAGCGUGAUGGCAUGCCCGAGAUGAUUUCCGCUUACACUGGCGGGACGUUUUCCUCAGAAGAAGAGGAUGUAGAUGACCUGCGUUCAACCAAGAAGGUCAAGGUCACACCUCAUGCUGAGUUUGAGGUUCUCACAGACCGCGCUUGGUCUCCUCCGCCUCCAGACCCGAUGCUCCAAAUACCGGGCGAGCUUGUUCUGGCGCAGGCUCUACGAACGAGAAGUAACAAGUACUGGCCCGCGCAGCUUAUAUCAUACGUUCCGCCAACCAAACCGGGCGGGAAGGAGCGCUACCGGGCCAAGUUUCUGGACGACCGGGAGUAUAACCUUACCCGGGAUAAAUUCUGGACCUCUGAGGAACGAGGCUUCGUUAUGUGUGACCUGGGCGAGUUUGAAAGUGCCGUCCAGGACACUGAGACACCAGACUCGGAGGAUGAACAGGAAGACAGGAAGCGGAGCCCCAGUCCACAGUUGUCCGACCCACCUCCUGACGCGGACGAUUUUGCUGACUUGUCGAUGCAUGCACAGCUGGCGUACGUGAAGCCUGUCUUGAAAGCUAUCUUACAAGGGAAGUACGCUCCGGCCAGCAAGAGCCACGAGGCUUUCAUGCGGGGGGGUGCAGCUAGAUCCAAUCUCAUGAAGCGGGCGGCGGUGAGAGGAGGUCUGGACCCGAACGAGGUAAAGCGGUCGCAAAAACUGCUUGCACGGUGGGCACUUGGCGAAGGGUAUGCCUGUAGAGCCAAUGUAGAAAUUAAGCCCCAAGGAGACGCGGUACUACCGCCGGGGCAAGAGAAGACACCCUGCGCAUCUGCUGUAGCAGCCGAUGGUGAUGGGUUGGCAGAGGCUGGCGCCGGAAGCGAGAUAACUGCAACUUCCGACACCGCGGGUCAAGACAUAUCUCAGCCCAUACCUCCUAGUGACAUUGGCAAUCAGGUCAAUGACACCAGUGCCAUGGCAGUUGACAAGCCUACUCCCGAAAAGGCAGACGAGGCAACUUCUGACAUCGCGGGUCACCAUGACAUGUCUCAGCCCCUACCUCCCAGUAACAUUCGCAGUCAGGUUGACGACCCCAGUGCGAUGUCACUUAACAAGCUGGCAGACGAGAUAUCUCCAACUUCUGACAGCGCAAGCCCCGAUCGACCGGUAGGCUCACAGGAGUAUGAAACAUUAACGACCCUUGACAAACUUGAUUACUGCGUGAACAUUCUUCUCCCCGAGGCAAUCCAGCAGCUACUCUUGUGGCGGUCGGGUGAGCGCACUACAGCUGCUCUCCUCUCUCCCACGGAGGAAGAAAGGCUGCAUGAGCGCGGUGCAGCAAAAGCGCAGGAAACGGAUUGGGUAUUUGACUUGCUCCGCCUGAGGGCGGCGCAGGCGCGGCUGUGGGGGGUGGAUCUGAAGGCCAAGGGUAAAGAGAAAGAUAAAGGCGGUGUAGGAGGUGGGACGCGUUCGCGGCCUCACAAGGCUACUAUAUCUCGAUGA